AAAAUCAAAUCAUUCUCUCUCUCUCUCUCUCUCUACUUCACUCACACACAUUUGCACACACUCACACACAGACAGAAGUCAUACAAAGCCCGGGGAUCGGUUGGAGGACGUUGUUGUGGCUGUGUGCUGAAAAUGGGAUGCUUUCUUGCCUGUUUUGGCUUCAAAAAGAAGAAAAAUCGUCGAAAGCCCGGCAAGAAAAGUCCCUCCCUAGAACAUAAUCAUGGAAGUUACGUACCUCUUGAUUCUGAGGCCUCAAUCAAACUCGAUAUUGAUGAAAACCACAUCACUUCAUCAGAUUCUUGUCAGCUGAAAGUGAAGGUGAAAGAGCCAUCAAUAUCAAAAAUCAAGAAGAAAGUCACCUUUAAUUUAAAUGUUAAGGCCUACGAACCAAUUCCAGACGAGGAUGAUGAUGAUAUCGGCACGUACCUUUCUGAGGGUGCAGAGGAGACAAAAUGGGAGUUCGAUGCCGAAACCAAGAGCAUGCGAAUUCAAUACAGUAAUCCUGCAAGCUAUAGAUACCGGAACUGCCUAGACAGCUAUGAUGAUGAAGAUGAUGAGUUGAGUAUAGAGGAUGGUGAAUUGAAUUUUGAGGAAGUUGAGGAUAGUGAUGAAGAAGUGGAUGAUUUUUGUAGCAAUCGAAGUGAUGAUGGAACACUAAGCGAAGAAGAUUUCCCCUGGCAAUCGAGUUCUGUUGUUAUAGAAUCAGAUGAAGUAGUCAUCAAUAAUCAAAUCACUAAAGAGAAAAACGGAAACUCAAUUGAUCUGCAGAGCAGAGAGGUGGGACUCGGAUCAAAUCUCCAUGCUCGAGACAGGAGCCAGUAUGUGUCGUCUGUGCUGAAUCCGGUCGAAAAUCUGAGUCAAUGGAAAGCAGUUAAGGCUAAGACAGCAACACCACAAUUGAAGUAUCAGAAGGAGAAUUCAAUGUUGAAGCAAGAGGGACAAAACCAUUCGAGCACAAGGGCUGAAUCUGAUUCUUUUGCAUUCAAGAAAACAAGAAGUUUGAGCGUUCCUCGGCCUCAACAGCCUACCAUUGCGGUUGAUGCCAGUUUAUCUAACUGGUUGGGCUCUUUGGAGAAAAAAUAAAUCAUCAAGAAAGGUACUUCAGGUCAGUUGUUCGACAGAAACUUGACGGGCAUAUAAAAAUCAAUGUGUCAAAGUUGCAUGAGGUUGGUAUAGGCUUUCAUGGCCUAUUAGCAAUUCUGUAUCAGAGAAAUACACUUGAGAAUCCUUGAGGCAGGCCUAACGAAGAACAAUCAUCGUCUGUUGUGCUUGCAAGAACCUGGCUUCCAAUGUCAGUGUUUGUUUGAUUUGAGUUUCUUUGUCUCGAAAUUUUCCAGUCUACAGUUUUAGUACAUGCAAAUUUCUGUAUGUGACAGAGUGAUAUUUGUUGUUUGUAAUUUUUGAAUCUGUAACUGGCAUGUAAGCAAGAAUGGAUGCAAAGUUUGUUUUGAGAAACAUCAAAUCCAAUCCCAUGUUUGGUUGGUGAUGUCUGCAUAACGAUAUAGUUCUUCUGACGUGUACUCGAUGAAGACAGCCAAUGGAAAUAUUAAGUAUAGUACAAUGUUGAGUAAGUUGAAACCUAAGGUAUGAAACAUAGACAUUGAUGAUCAUCAAGGUAAUCAGAGUAUCAAUGGAAAUGCCGUUCAGUCUGCUUUAAGUGGAUGAAUCGACUUUUCUGUAAGGAUCAGUUGUUAUUAGAU